GUAUGGCGUCAGUAUCAAACCCAAUGUUCAAACGUCUAUAGUCGGACUCGUAUCGUAGGUGAUCGUACAUUUUAGAAUGUUUAGUGUACGUCCAGUACUCCAGUGGCGUAUUUGGUAGUAGUGUGGUUCAAUAAAUAUGGCUGUAUGCGCUGCCAAUGGUUGUACAAACAAACCUUGUAAAGAUCUUGAAUUUUUCGAUUUCCCCGAGAAUAAAGAACAGAGAGCAAGAUGGAUUUCUGCUCUGCAGAAACCUGAUGGCUGGCAACCUUCGGUUACAUCAAAGAUCUGCUCAGUCCACUUUGUUACUAGACUUGUGAGCCCACAUCCAUGGCACCCUGACUAUGUGCCUUCAGUUUUUCGCUCACUGCGAACAAAGAAAAGGGACAAGUCGUCACGAGCUCGGCAGAUCAUCGAGGCAGAGCUCGGGCUUGACGAAAAAGCUGGAAGUUUCAGUUACGAUGAACGUAAACAGCAAAAGAAAAUGGGUACACCUUGGAGAGCUUCGGAUGAGCUCUCUUUCCAUGGUGACGACUCGUUCGAUACGCCACGAAUGCUGUCAAGUAAGAAGAAGAAAAUCUCGGAUGCUGCUCUGCUCAGUGAAAGUAAGCGCAAACUUAAACAAUUGGAGAUGAGCGAGAUGGAUAUUUUCGAUGAAGAUCGGAUGUCCGUACAGUCUGGGUUGUUUGACAGCCAUGAUGAGGACUCGCUAAUUGAAGCCGUAGCUGAAGUCAAGCCGAAAAGAGGCCGAGGUCGUGGCAGGGGUCGAGGCAGGCGAGGGGUUGGUGGUCGAGGCGCAUCCUCCAGAGACCAAGGUAACGAGGACGGCAAGUGUCGCAAUUGCCAGAGUUAUAUCCAGCAAAUAGCCCUCCUUCAGGAGGAACUCAAUGCAAAGAAAGCAGUCGCCGCCGAGUGGGAUGAGAUGGUUCGCGAGAAAAGUCGUUUGUUCAAGAUGAAGCUUAAUAUUUAUAAAGGUGAACUUCAAACUACAAAAGAAAAGAUAGCAGCUCUUCAGCUAAAUGAAGCCUUUUUCCAGAAGAGCAAGCAUCGCGUUGUAAUGUACACUGGGUUGCCAAAUUACUCGAUUCUCAUAACAUUGUUCAGCCUAGUGAGCCUUGCCGUUAAAAACGAUAUUCACAUAUCUAGCAUCACCCGUUUCCAGCAAUUCAUUUUAUGCCUGAUGAAACUGAGAAUGAAUUUGAAAUUCAAGGACCUCGCCAAUCGCUUUGCAAUUGACUUCUGCAAAAUUGAGCGGUUCUUCCCUGAGUGGAUGGACGCUCUGCACCGGCAGGUGUCGCACGUGCUCGUGUGGCCGCCAGACAACGUGCAAUAUCGACUCUCGGUGCUUUCACAGUCCCUCAAAGAUCACUACAAGAUCAUCAAAGACGUCGUGCGCGUCACAAAGUUUAUCUCGAGCGAUGGCCACUUACGCAAAAACCACAAAAUCGAAAUAGUCUGUGGAGCUCUCAUUCACAUCUCGGAGGUGGCCGUGUCAGACGUGCAGGAUAAGCUCCCUGAUGUGCUGGUGGAAAAAGAAAAAAUUAUUGAAGAUUACCUUAAAGCCAUCGGUAAGUACGUGCCUUCCUGCCCUUCUAUUUCAUCUCCAGAUGAAGCUCAGAAACAUGAAUCUGAUGUAGAGAUGGUGGAAGGUGAAAGCAUUGCCGACGAGCCCUUCUCUACCGAUGACGCUUUAUCUCAAGACCAAGACAUGGAAUCAAUGCACAAGGAAGAAAGUAAGGCAACUAAUGAGCCUGCUGUGGACCCUCAAUUAGAUGCUGACAAGACAAUUGCGGCAAGCACUGGGAAUGCAACCUCCGAAGAAGUGCCUGAUAUCGGUGAUGAUUCAAAAAGCUCCUCUCAGACAAAGUUUUCCACAGAGGGAACAACUGGAUGCGAGGUCGAAAAUGCCGAAAGUAAACUAGGUGAAUCAAAUGCACCUAUUCCUAUUUACCCUGAUCCAUCUUCAGUUGUUACUGACCCGGCUAGUACCUCGAUCAACGAAACUUUGAAGGAAAAUGCGUCUUCUACUGAGGCUGACAAUGAAAAAUCUCAAGAAACUACAGAGCCUCAUGAAGAAAUUGCCAAAAGCGACGCGUCUCUAAUCUGUCUCGAUGUAUUGAACGAAACGGCCGACGAUGCUGUCACUAUUCCGCCAGUUGACGCUGUCACUAUUCCGCCUUUUGACGCUGUCGCUAAUCAGCCAGUUACUGAUGAAACUGUUCCGCCAGUUGAUGCCGUCAUUAUUCCCCCAGUUGAUGCUUCGCUCCUAACAGCCUCCGAGGGCGAUUCUCAACAUUCAACCCCGAGUAAUGCAGUCGUCGGCUCAAUAGGUGCUGUAGAUAUAGGCUCUACUGCACAAAAUUACGCUAAUUCCUUAGCUGACUCGAGAGAAACUUUGGAAAUUGUUCCUCCGACCGAAGAUCAAUUGUCUGCAAGUGGAGCUCAUCUUGACACAUGUGUAGGAUUGGAAAAAAUGGACGUAGACCUUCCUGCUGCAGUAAGUGAAGCUUCGGUUAUCGCCUCGAGCGCAGCGUCGACGAUGUUACCACAUGGCGAUCUGGUUUUCAGCAGCACUGAUGUUCCCUCUGUAGCUGCCGACCUUUUAUCUGAGCUCAUGGGGGCCGCAAGCAGUUCUGAUCAUGGUAGCACCGUAACUGAAGUGCUCCUCAAUGUAGCGACUGCCAUGGCUGCAAGCGCUUCUUCGGACAUGGACCCUGUAACGGCCGACGUGCUCUUAGGCUCGUCCGAUCCCUCCAAAAUGGAUGCUAAUGUUGUCAUCGGGCAAGGUGACAGAACUGAUUUAUCUCUAGACAAUGUCGUCGGUAAUUCCAACUGCAAUAACCCAGAUAGCACCAAUCUUGAGAAGCUUCACUUAGAAUGUCAAGCUAUCCACGAAGAAUUGCUCGAUCACAUCGAAGUGUUGAGAGAACAGUUACCUCACAGCACCAAGCUCACGUCAUUCGAAACGUUCGAAGAGGUCGUGAAUUGUCUUGACGAGCAAUUACUUUCAGUACCUAAGAGCGUUGCGUCGCGAGGGUUGCAGUGCUGGCUUACCCUUACCAAACUCAAAUUGAACCUCGACGACACGGAUCUCUCAUACUCCUACAGUAUUUCUGUGGAAAACGUGAAGAAAAUCUUUGAUGACUGCGUUCGGAUUUUAUCCAAAGAAUGGAAAGACGAAGAAGAAUAUGACUCUUUGGUUGAUGAAAUAUUGAUGAAAGAAUUCUCUUACCUUUCUAGAACAUCCGACGAUAGAAGCGAUGCUGCGUUGAAAGUCUGCCGUUUCAUCAACAGCAAGGCUAAUUCUUCGCUAGACACAACUGUGACCGAGAACAUACUUUACUCGACCUCAUUUUCUGAGGUAUGGGGUUCAGUAGGGCAGGACCGAUCAGCAAGCGAACUGCAGCAGUUGCUUGCCGCUGAACUACAGCAGCUGCAACGCAUAGUUCAGCAGCGACCGGUUUUAACGGAAGAGCUGCUAAGCUCCAGCCACGAUACCUUCGUGGAGUACUACACGGGAUUCUCUGACUAUGACAGUCUGCAUGACGUUUUCAACGCUCUUUUGCCAGGACCUAAGAUCCACAGCUCCAAGAGUGGCGAUCUGUCCCCUUACAGUCAGUUUAUUUGUGUGUUGCUGCGCCUUGUGCACAACCUGCCUAAGGAUGAGAUACUUCUACGCCUGCCCAAAGCUCCCGAGAAUGAUGAUAGCGUCGAGCAGCUCUUCAACAAUCAUGACCCUGAUGUGGAGGUCAUUAUUUCGACGUGGCUGCCGUGGAUCCAUACGCAGUUCAUGCAGCUGGUGACGUGGCCUGCGGCGCGUGACGACGGCGAGGAGUUCUUGCGCGAGCUGCGGUCGCGGUAUCGCUACCUGGCUAGCGUCGCGCCGCUGCUCAGGAUGCAGGCGGAGGCCGUGUGCACGGCGCUCUACAACGCCGGCCACCACCUCUACUGCGUCACCUCCGAUGAUGAGGAGCAGGGCGACGACCGCGAGUUGGUCGAAUGGCUCUUCUAAGCGGGAGUGGUGAUCGCGUCUUGACAACGAGGGAAAAGGGCCUGGAAGAACGACUUGUCAAGUGGUCCUUCUAAACAGUAGUGGUAAUCGCGUCUUGACAACGAGUGAAAGUUGCGCAAUUGAAGGGCUUGUUAGAUAGCUUUCAUCAAAUUAUUUUCAAGGGUCGUGUUUUUUUUAUCAUGAAUUAUUAUUUACUUCUCAUGUAUUAUGAGAAAUAUAGUUGGGGGAAAUAAAAUGAAAAGGUGCCAUCUACCUGCCUUAUUCAAAGAAAAAUCUCUCGU